AUGGAGCAAGUGUAUGCUCAGCCCCAUGGUGAGUCAGCUGAGGAAACUGACCUGACCCUGGUUUACCAGGCAGCAGAAAAUGGAGAUGUCGACACACUGACAGCAGUGAUUCGGGAAGACCCUUCAAUUCUAGAAUGCUGUGACAGUGAAGGUUGUACCCCUUUGAUACAUGCUGUCUCUGGUCGUCAAGUUGACACAGUGAAGCUAUUGCUGAAAAUGGGAGCCAAUAUUAAUACUCAAGAUUCCUGUGGGCGCACUAGCUUAUCACUAGCAACUUAUGAGGGAUGGCUAGAAGGCUGUGUGAGUCUGCUCAGAAAUGGCGCCAAACAGAAUAUUCCAGAUAAAAAUGGGCGCCUACCACUGCAUGCUGCGACUGCUGAGUCAGAUGUGAAACUAUUAACAGUGCUCCUUCAGCAGUCCAAUCUCAGUGAAAUAAAUCACCAGGAUAAUGAGGGGAUGACUCCGCUUCACUGGGCUGCUUUUCAUAACCAACCACAACAUACACAAAUCCUGCUGCAGAAGGGGGCAGACCCAACACUGGUGGACAAAGACUUCAGAACAGCCCUCCACUGGGCUGCCCAGAGUGGAAACAAAAUUCUAUGUUCCAUCAUUCUGAGCCAUCAUGAGGGUCAAUCCAUUAUCAACUAUGAUGAUGAAAAUGGGAAGACAUGUGUGCACAUUGCUGCUGCAGCAGGUUAUAGCGACAUUAUCAGUGAACUGGCAAAAGUCCCAGAUUGCAACCUACAGGCACUGGAUGUGGAUGACAGGACACCUCUCCACUGGGCAGCAGCAGCAGGAAAGGCUGACUGUGUCCAGUUGCUGUUGCAGCUUGGCAUGGACAGCAGUCCUAGAGACAUCAAUGAGAACACCCCUCUGGCUUAUGCGAUGCGUUGUGGACACACAGCAUGCAUCAAUCUGCUCUCUCAAGAUAGCAGACUUGAAUCUAUUCAUCCCCUUUCUUCCCUGAACAGUAGACUUCUAAAGAAAGAGAGGCCAUUCAGCAUGCUUAACCAAAUCUUUUGUAAGAAGAAGAAAGAAGAGCAGAAAAUCAAUGAGAAAGACCACAGCCAGGACAAGUACCAGGAAGAAGAUGCUUCAGAAGUUGAUGACAUCAUCACUACCUUUGACUGCAUUGUGGAUGCCAAUUGCCAAGAGGUACCUGAUCAGAGAACGGUGAUGGUAGACUUCAAAAAAAGGGCCACAGAAAAGAAGCAGCAGGAGCGUAAAGGACUACCACCAAUCAGAACACAAAGUUUGCCACCCAUCACUCCAGGGGUCUCCUUUCUAACAGCCUCCCAGAUGGCUACUUCCCAUGAUGGCUUAGGUUCUAAUGCUCAUCGUUUUUCAUGUAAAUCUCAAAAAAGUAGAAGUGAGCAUGACCUAUUAGAUCACAGGACUGGCUGCCAGGCAUUGAUAGAUAAUCCAUGGCGAUCUGAUUCUAAUCAAAUUUUCUCCUGCAAAGAUUGGACAGUAGCUCCUUCAGGUAAGCUUCCAGAUGGAUUAUUGACUGGAAAACCAAGCCAUGUGGAGUUCUUGGGACCCGUCCAGCCUUUACCCCGAUAUAAUCGUACAUCAGGGCAAAGUUUUCAGCAUUUCCCCCUAGACAGAACCAAAGUAAAAGAUAUUCCUUUCGUGCGCAACAGUCUGGCUCCAAUACCAUCUCACUGUGUUGGGAAAUUUCUGUCUGGAGAGACUUUAAGGACCAUUCGGGUGCUUCCUGCCAUCCCAAGCCAGAAAGGACCCACCAUCCCAAGAGAAGAGAGUAAAGACAUUCCAGAAUAACAUCUGAUGAGAAAUAGCCAUGAGCCAGUGCAAAAAUGUACAUUAAAGAGAGUCAGAAUGAACAUAGCAUAAAUAUUUUAAUAAUGACUAUCAUAUUUCAUAAAUAAGAUGCAUUUUAAGUUUGUAUUAAAGAGCCAUUACAUUUUUUGUAACUUCACAUUUCAAACUCUAAACAUAAUACAUUUUAGCAAAGAAAUAUUGGAAUUUCAUAGCAUAUUAAUAUAUUUUGUACAUUGCAAGUUUGUGAGUUCCUGUGAUUUCCAUGUACAAGAUGAUAGUGGAAAUAUAUAUAUAUAUAUUCUCUUA